AUGGCCGGUCUGGACUUCACAGCCGUACCCUUCCAAUUACUUGGCCCGGAAAUGGGGGCGGUGAUACUCGAGAAGGCCUGUAUAGCUGGAGGCUUCAACACGCCUGUUCUCGUUCCCGAAAGCGAGCUCGGAGAUCUGCUCAAGUCCAAAAGCCGAGAAAUGUACGAGGCCCUGGGGCUGAAGAGCAAGAUCGCCCCCGGCAAGACCCGCGCCAUCUGGAAGGACGAUAACUACCGCGUUGACCUUGGCCGUACCGUGCAGGGCAAGCCGCACCUGAACACCUGGCAUCUACAGGUUCAGCGGAUGGCGAAGUCGGGCGCGGCUCGAGAGCUGAGGGGGAAGUAA